UUAAUUUUUUAUAUUUAUAAAAACUUUAGUAAUAUUGGCUGAAUUGAUUUCUAAUGGUAGUAAUAAGGAAUCAAAAGAGGUUAGAGGUGAAUAAGUUAAUGAUUUUGUAAAAAGUAAAUUUAGUGUCGGUAUAAAAAAUUAUUAAUGGGCCCAUCAAUCAAGUGGGUUGCAUAAGAAACACCAACAGUAAGAGAAACGUGAAUCUCUUUUCUACUUUAUGCAAACGGUUAUACGUUUUAACGUUGAAUCAUAAGAGCAUGUUUAUUGCUGUAUCUUAACAGCAUAUCUUACAUUAAAUGUAAUUAAAAGAAUUAAACCAAAAAUGAAAAGCAGAAAACGCGUCUCUUAAUUAAGAACAAUAAGACACGGUCCCUUAGGGGCACGUGUCACGCCUCAGUUUGGCAGAGGAUAGGUGGAGACCUUGGUCCCGUCUCAUUUGUCGCGUCUGUUUCUCUUUCUCUCCGUCUCGAUUCUCUCCGAGGCGAGAAGACGAUCUCUCAUCGUAUCGGCGGUGAAGUUUCUGUCGGUGACUCUCGUGGACGAAGGAAGACGGCGGGUCUCUUUCCGGUGCUUUCCUCCACCCAGGAAGCCGGGGACCUCUCUAUCUUGGUGGUUCUCUGAGGCGAAGACCAAACGGUGAAUCUCAAUCGACUGCUCCGCCGAAUCGAAAGAUUGAUAUAUCAAGAGGCGUGAUGAAGGGGUUAAGGGACGAUGAAGAAACUCGACACUGAUGGUUCCAGUUGUGCAUCAAGAGGCAAGAUGAAGGUUAAGGGACGAUGAAGAAACUGGAGACUGAUGGUUCCGAUUGUUCAUCAAGACUGGAGCGUAAUGAAGACCACAUGACUGAAGAAUCCUCCACUCUGACCACAGGAAAGAAAGCUAAACGAUUGUUCAUCAAGGUGUGUGUUCACAGCAUGGAGCAUUGGGAGUCCGUGUGUGCUGACUUCUUGUGUCACGAAAAUAAGGGCAUAGUUGGUACUCUUGUGUUGCUGUCUUCUUGUGUCACGUUAUUUAUGUUGUUGCUGUCUUCUUGUGUCACGAGUUUUGAUUAUCAGAGCAUUUUUGGCUCUUGUUGUUGUACCCUUGUCAUGUAUGUCUUCUUGUGUCAAGUUAUAUAUGUGUGUCAUGUAUGUACUUUUUAUAAAUUUCAGAUACAAUACUUCUCUUUAUAUAUCAGAAACAAUCACUAAACUUUCUCACAUUCAACUCUCUCAUAUCUUUCCCCUCAUCAUUCUCGUUUAUCAUUCUUCUCUUUACCAUUAACCAAUCACUAAACAAUCAUUCUUCUCUUUAUCAUUCUCGUCUCACAUCCUUCUCACCAUUCUCUUCGCUUAUCAUUCUCGUUUAUCACCAUUCGCUUAUCAUUAACCAAUCACUAAACAAUCACUCUUCUCACCAAAUAAACCUCUCAUGGCAUCUUCUUCACAUCACAAUUUCGACCGAUCACUUGAUGAAGCUUUUGACGAAGCUUUUGAUGAAUAUUUCGAUAAAGCUUUUGAAAAUUUGUGUAAUGUGAAUGGAGAUCAAGAAGCUGAAAGGAAGACAAGAAAAAAACGAGUUUUUAUCGAACGCAAUCGUGAAGAAGGCCAUAUCCGGUUGUGGAAUGAUUAUUUCAGUGACACUCCAACAUAUCCUGAAAAUCUAUUCCGACGACGAUUUAGAAUGAACAAGCCAUUGUUCAUGAGUAUUGUUGAUCGUCUCUCCAAUGAAGUUACAUUCUUUUGUCAAAAGAAGGACUGUAUCAGAAGGCUUGGUCUCUCUACACUUCAAAAGUGUACAGCAGCUAUUCGUGUGUUGGCAUAUGGUUCUGCGCUUGAUGCGGUCGACGAAUACCUCAGGCUCGGUUCAACCACUACUCGGUUAUGUGUGGAAAAUUUUGUGGAAGCAAUAACAAAUUUGUUCGGCGAUGAGUACCUAAGAAGACCAACACCAGAUGAUCUUCAACGUCUUCUUCAUAUUGGAGAGCUUCGUGGAUAUACCGGAAUGAUAGGAAGCAUCGAUUGUAUGCAUUGGGAGUGGAAGAAUUGUCCCACCGCUUGGAAAGGGCAAUAUUCUCGUGGCUCAGGCAAACCCACAAUUGUUUUAGAGGCGGUUGCUUCAUAUGAUCUCUGGAUAUGGCAUGCGUUUUUUGGACCUCCAGGUACCUUAAAUGAUAUUAAUGUUCUUGAUCGCUCACCUGUUUUUGAUGACAUAAUAAAUGGUCGAGCUCCGCAAGUGAAUUUCUCCGUCAACGGAAACGAGUAUAAUUUGGCUUACUAUCUCACCGAUGGUAUUUAUCCGAAAUGGGCAACUUUUAUCCAAUCUAUUCCAAUUCCACAAGGGCCGAAAGCAGUUUUAUUUGCUCAACGUCAAGAAGCUGCCAGAAAAGAUGUCGAGCGUGCUUUCGGAGUCUUACAAGCUCGAUUUGCCAUUGUUAAAAAUCCGGCACUUUCUUGGGAUAAAGUCAAGAUUGGAAAGAUUAUGAGAGCGUGUAUCAUACUCCAUAAUAUGAUAGUAGAAGACGAACGAGAUGAAUACACUCAAUAUGAUGUUUCGGAUUUCCAACAAAGAGAAGGCAGCGGAAGUUCACAUGUCGAUCUCACAUAUUCGACAGAUAUCCCAACAAAUAUCGCCAAUCAGAUGGGUGUUCGAACCAGAAUUCGUGAUAGACAAGCACAUCAACAACUGAAAGGUGAUUUGGUUGAACAUAUAUGGCGUAAAUUUGGACAUGAUCAAGACAACAACUGAGCUUCGAUGUCUCUU